CAAUUUUUACUUAUUUCUAUCUCAAAUUCUUGCAAUUUAACAACAAAAAUAAAUCUUACAAAAAUGUCUACUAUUAACUUCCAAAUUGAAGAAACUGAAGUUCCUCAAGAAAUUGCCAACUCAGUUCAACAAUUAAGAAACCCUGAAAGAUCAAUAUAUGAACUUUCAAGACGUGUUUUGACUCUUGAAGAAACAAAUUCAAAUCUUCAAGAUAGACCAGAACAUCAACAGGAAGAUGAAAAUCCUUGGAAUUGCGAUGAAAAAGAAGAAUCCACUUGGUCGACAAACAAUAAAGAGGUUGAAGAGCCAACCACUACACUAUCCAUCGAACAAGAGAAUCCUUAUGAUGUAGUUGUUGAAAGUACCAAUAACAACUAUUUUGAAUUUGGAUUGGCAAAAUUCUUGUUAGCAAAAUUGAAAUUGGCAGAUGGAGAUUACGUUACUUUUUUUAACCCUCUCUUGAUACAAUACAGUCAAGGGAAUAUUAGAGAUGUUUUUCAACACUCUAACAGACCCAUCGAAGAUACAAUAAACCAAUUGUUGGAGGAUGAAAUUGAUUGUUUGAAGAAUAUACCCACUCUGGAAGUCUGUAUCAUCAAUGAAAUAUAUUAUUUUUCAGAUAAUCGAAAAUUGUAUUGUAUCAAAGAAGCAAUCAAGAGAGAGUUAAAACUUGAAAAGAUACCUGUCUUAAUCAGAAAAGUAACAGAUACGAACAUCCAAUACAAGUUAGAGGGUGCAUACAAAAUUGUUAAAAAUAAGGAUUUUAACAAUAUAGUUGUCUCUUCGUAUGCAAGAAAUGAAAGAGUAAUUGAGGGUGAUGGGUUUUGGGAAUGUUGUAUUUAA